AUGCAAUUUCAAAACAGAAAGGAUGAGGACAGUUCACGCAGUAAUCCUACCCUCUCGUCAGAAGUCAGUGGGGCGUCACUUCAGAUGUCCGCUAUCCACGAUAGCCUUCGGACAAUUACCGGUAAAUUGGACAGUAUAAACAUUUUGCAACAAUCUGUAAAUAACAUGAACAGAGAUCUAUGGGAUGAAGAUGGCCUAGACGAUCGUAUUAAAUACAUUGGCCAACAGCACGAGGAUAAUGUUGGAGAAAUUGAAACUUUGAGAUUGGAAAAUAAUUAUUUGCGAAAAGAACUCGAGGUCUUAAAAUCUAUCGUAAUCAAUCUAGAUAGAAGGGUCAGCCACCAGGAGAAUGAAAUAGUGGACCUUAGAGGUAGAUCCAUGAGGGACAAUAUCCUUGUGCAUAACUUAGCUGAGGAAGAGCAGGAAGAUCUAAGUACAAAAGUGAGUGAGCUGAUCAAAGAGCAUUUAAAUUUGGAUGUUAGCUUUAUUAGGAUUCACAGAAACGGUCAGAGAUCAACGGGAAACUCUAGGCCUAGGUCAAUUACGGGGAAAUUAUAUAAUUAUAAUGACAAAGAUCUUAUUCUCCAAGCGAUGCGCCAAAAGAGGGAAGAUGGCACCACUGACAACAUGCCGUUUUAUAUCACACCGCAGACUCCUCUGCAAAUUAAUGAAAAUAAAAAGAAACUGCAAGAGAUGAAUGCUAAGUAUAGAGAGGAAAAUGUGAAAACAAAGAUUGUGGGGAACAAGCUCGUAUUCCCGAAUGGAUCUGUGUACCGGGAUAAGGUUCUACUACCAAGAGCCGAGGACCUCCUGAUGCUCGACAGAGAAGAAAUUGAGAAACUAGAAGAAGUUGAGGUUAAUAAGAGUAAUACGGUUACAGAGGAUGGGAAUGUCUUUACAUCGUUGGUUGUAGAAAUUCAAACCUAUGCACAAGUUAGGAACUUGUACAAAAACGUCUUGCGCAAUCCAGAUUAUGCUUGUGCUAAUCAUAACAUUUUAGUGUAUAGGUUCAAAGAUGCACAGGGCCGAGUUCACGAUGGUCACUGUGACAACGGGGAGUAUGGAGCCGGGCGUCGAAUGCUAAAGGUACUUGUUAAUGCGGAAGUAUGA